CAAUGGCAUUGCUGGCUUUCUCCUCGUUUCCUCCUCGCUCACGUUCAGCUUCACGUUCAUAUCAUAUCGGCUCGCAACAAAAAUCAUUGUCAUGUCUUUGUGUUUAAUUUGAAUCGAAUCUAUCACCUUGACAUACACAAGCUCGCUUGCACGAAAAUCGGUCCAACUCAGAUCAGCCUCUAAGCCGAUCUACUUAGGUACUUACCACUCACCCGUCACAUCUCACCCCCCGCGGGCUGCACGGCGGCGACCUCAUCCUUGCUCCAGCGAUCGAAACUCCCCCUACCUUCCGCUCAUCUCCCAGCGCCUGCCAGGCCACUCAGACGAAACGGCCCCUUUUCCUCUGCCCUACGGCCAAAACCAAGUGGGAAGCUGGAAGUGGAAGCGGAAGGCUUCUGGAAAAGACGCAAUUUCGCGCAAGCAUAGUCGACAAAUCAUUUCGUCAAGAAGAGAUAGCUGAGACAGUAGGCGUGGAAGGUCCCCUACACAGACCUCCAAGACCAACAAGGCCAACGGUACGGAGUAGCCCCAAGGCGUCCGGUGCAAUCGCCAAAAGUAGCGCCUAACCCUAUCGGCGCGACAUACCCUGUCAGCAACUCCUGGCCUAACUCGCAUUCGACUCGAGCGGCCGGGGACGAAUUCUUCUCGAAUUACACUUUUUAUCCACCUCCCUACAGGCACCCUGGCUUAGCCUGCGGCUUCCAGGGCUCCACCUCCUCGUGGUCUCGUGGUGAGGCAAUCCCGGCUCUUUGGUGGGUGGUGGAUUGCGCCCCAUUCGCAUUUUCUGCCCACUGGCGGUCGGGCACUGCCUGUCGACACGCCAGUCUGUCUGCGAUGUGUUGCGGAUUCCGUCCAAGUCCUGAACAUCUUUACCCGCAUGGUUUCCAGUCCUCUUCAUGCCCGAACCAAGCGAUGCGCCCGUCGACGACGAAUCCAUGACCUCGCCAAUUGACAAUCUUGCUGCUGAGAUCACCCUGUCCGGUACCGCCCAAUAUCCCUCCUCCACCUCGAAUCCGCCUACCCUGGUCUCUGCUCGUCCGCCGUACCACCACCAUACAAGUUCGACCAGUAUAACCCAGAGUCGUAGUCGACGUUCUUUGGCUUCGCUGGCACGAGAAAAAACAUCAAACGCUUUCGCCAAUCUGGCUUCCAUAGGCACCACAUCCACUCCAAGUCUUCGCUCCGCCACAUCUUCAGGAAGUCUGAGCAAACACUCCACGGCUACCGGUUCGGUGCGACCCAAUCUACCACGUUCCCCAACGUCGCCAGAAGUCCAUACUGCAACACAGCGAAGAACCAGUGGCGUGCCUCUUUCCGGCCAAGAACCAAGGAUCAGCACAUCAAUACCCCCAAUGCCGAACCCCGACAAGAACAAUGGGAGAAUGCACCAGACCUCAUCCAAGAUCCUGCGCAUGACCGACGAUGAGAGACCGUUUACCAGAGACUUCAAGGACUUGUUCUCGACGCUAAUUACGAGUUUACCACUCACUCCACAUCGUGUCAGAUUCUCUAGGGUAGAAGAGACCUUCCUGUCCGAGGAGGCCAUCACCAACCUGGGAUCUUUGAAAUUCUCACAGUCCAAUCGCAUACCGGAUCCCAAGAACCCCUCGAGAUGGGUCGUCACAACUACCACAACGACCUUCUCCAUGGCCAAGGAAAUGGCUCGUUCGGUCUGUCAACGAUUCGUAGAUGCGCGCAUGAUCGAGUCCGCCGAGAACAAGGCCAUAACCACAUUUAACACCAAGGGAGGAGUCUGGCAAUUGACCCCCAAAGGUCUGUCCAUUUUGUCCAGAUUCUGCAACCGGAACGGGAUCAACGCCCGCCACAUCGAACCUCUACUUAAGCGAAGUCAAAUGCAAAUCGUCGCUCUCGAAAGAGACACGGUAACGGACAAGAUUCACCAGGAUAGAGCAACAGUCGAGAUCAUCUUCCGAAGAUUUAUGGGUGCCGACGGUCCAAAUCUGAAGAGCUCUAUAUCUCUCUCAGACUCGGACUCCGUCUCGGAUUAUGCUACCGGUCUGGUCGGUGUCAAAAUGGCCAAAGAACGCCGGGUCAUGGAUAAGAUUUAUCCCUACACGUUCACUGGCAAGGCUGCUUCAGACUGGCUACUAGACUGCACUACCACCAUUGACCGCAGAGAAACCUACGAAACGGCAGAAUUGUUUGUCAAAUGGGGGCUCAUUGGACCUGUGGUUGUAGAUAGAGGUUACACCCGCGUCAAUCCAAUGGCAACCUAUUUCCAGCCCACGAGAAACGCCGUCUACACCGUCACUGAGCGAGGGCAGCGUGUGUGUGGUUGGAUAGCGCGGCCUGCCAGCGUUGAAAGCGAAGACAGCCGUGACACCAAAGACAAGGCACGGGUAACACGAGAUUCCAACGUCGGCCGCCUCAAUAUUAUUAUUCAGGAUGCUGCCCUACGUCUCUUAUUCAGGGAAUUUCUCCGGCAGUCACUCUGUGAGGAGAAUCUGCAAUUUUACAUCGAUGUGACCGAUUUCAUCACGGCGUAUCGCCAUCUGGACGAGUCAGAACGACUCGAGAGACCUGAGAUCGUACGGGAAACUCUGGCUGGAGCAUAUGGUCUGUACAAUUCCUUCCUGGCAUCAGGAGCACCCUCCGAGCUCAACAUCGAUCAUUCACUCCGCAACCGUCUGGAUAGCCGAAUGAUCCGAACAAAUACCGACGAUGACUCCAUGAGAGAAAGUCUCGAAGAAGUUGUGGAACUCUUUGAGCUUGCACAGGCUGCUGUAUUCAAGCUGAUGGCAAGCGAUUCGGUCCCUAAGUUCCUUCGAGAUCCUAAAAACGCCGCCGUACUUCGGGAUCAUGAGGUCGAUCUCACAUCAGGCACUAACCGCGCCAUGUCUCCUGCUCCCGAUCGAACGGUGAGCCGAUCGAAUACUCGCACAUAACCCUUCUCUCUGCAUUCGAGGUCCGAACCAUCGAACAACACCAACCGCCUCGAAUCUAUUUGCAUUGCACAUCUAAAUGUGACGAAUAUUAUGAACACAGGGUCUACCACCGUGGAUCCCUCAUGUACAAAAAAGGGACGUUCCCACCACUGUCAAUAAUCAAGAUUGCUUCGACGAGCGUUCUUGAGAGUCUGAAGACUGUCAUCGAACCUUGUCUGCGGGUGGAUUACCACAUUUUCUGCAUAGAUGCGUCUGGGAUUCCGCAUAGCGAGGUCUGCAUGGGUGGAGUUAUGAAUUGAUUGGGAUGGGCCAAUCUAGCAGCGUGUUCUCCCAUUCCGCAUUUGCAUUGGAAAGAUACCCCUGUGGAGGAUGCAAAUACCCUGGAUUGGAGGCGAAGGACGUGAGCAUCAUAGGACUCUGGAAGUCUUGCGCUGGUUGCCGGUUUGUGAGAAGUCUUGGGGCCAAUGGGGCUGAAGCUGUUGAGAGUGGCAUUGGGAUAGACAUCAGAAAGACCGAACAUGAAAUUACUGCACAAUACCAACGUGUAUCCCUUC